CCCCCACCCCCGCCCAGCCGUCACUACACAGACACACACACGUGCGAGAUGCAUUUUUUCCUAAUCUAAUCACCCAUAAAAAUCACAAUAAUUUUCCACGGUCGCCAUUUCGCUCGACCCGGCCCCCACGGAAGAAACUCCACCGCCGCAUUUUUUCGAUUUCUAGUCCUAUUUUCUACUAAAUCAGAUAGUCUGAAGAAUUUUUCGAUAUUGUGAUAAUACAGUUAAGAUGGUACAAAACGACAGUGCAAACCAGGAACACCUCGACGACGUCCCGGCGAUGCCAUCGAACCCUGCCAAAGGCAUCCCAUCGGGUAAAUACCAGCUAGUAGGCUGGGCGAUCGACACCACCGGUCGACGCCUCAUCGACGAGAUCAUCCAAAUAGCCGCCUACACACCGCAAGCCAAGUUUUCGCAGUACAUCAUGCCCUUCGGCGAUUUGAAUCCGGUGUACAGUCGCAGGCACGGCGUCCGCGUGGUGAACACCAUCCGGUAUCGCCGGUUGCGCGACACCAAUUCGCAGGAAUUCCUCAAAACCAAGAGCGAAAUGUCGGCGUUGCAGGAUUUCUUGGUGUGGCUGGAGGGCCUCAAAGCCGAAGGCACCGACGGGAUCGUUUUGGUCUAUCACGAGCUGCGAAAAGCUUCGCCCGGUAUGCUGUUGGAGUCGCUCCGGAGGAACCUGUUGCUCGAACGGUUUUCGAAGGUGGUGAAAGGCUUCGCGAACGGCUUCAAUGUUGCUAAAGCGAAAUGCGCGAACGCGACGAAAUCCUGCAGCCUACGAGCGAUGACGAAUCUCCUGCUCGACAGACACCCGGAGCACUUUUACAGCGCUGCCGAAAGGGCGAGGGCCACGUUGGACAUAUCGGCCCAUUUGGCGCAAAGCGAACUGACCGAAUUGACCAACGAAGGCUCCGAGAAGGGCUACACGGGCGAGGAAUCGCAUUUUGUCGAAAUGGUGCGACCGUACGCGAAUUCGAUCGAGGCCGAAGAGGAGGAGAUUGCGCUGUUUAAGCUGUUGCUCGAACGACAGAACACUUUCAGGCCGGUGUUUGGGGCGCUGUUGAGGGCCAGCAGGGCCGAACGGCAGCACGCCAGCCACUUGAGGCGAUUGUUGGCUGAAAAUAAUAUCAAUUUCGAUCGAUUGAAGGAGGCUUACGGGUCCAGUGCCAAGGAGGGAUUGGAGAAAGUCAUCAAAAACGAGGUGGCGAACGCCAACGAGAAGGAGUUCGAGGACCUGUUGGAGAUAUUGGAUUGUUUCUUCGAUCCUGAGAAGAAGGCAGUUCAACCGAAGCCGAUGCAACAGCGAUCGCCUUACAGACGAAGGAACAAUCAAUUUAGAAGGAACAAAAGUUCGGCGUCGGAGUCGCGGAGUCCGACGAAUACCAACGAGAAUCCGACGGGGAGCGACGAGACGUCGCCCCGUAGCGAUUCGGAGAAGGUGAAGGAGGUGGAGGCGGUGGAGGCGGCGACGACGCCGACGCCCGUCGCUGCUCAAUGAGUGCCUUGAAUAGCGUGUGGUGGAGAUUUUUCCAGGAUGAAGAUUAAUUUUUUUUGGUUCGAUUAUUUUGCUGCAUCAGUGAAGAUUUUUCUUUCUAAACGUAAAAAAAAUUGGUACCUUUUUGUUGUUGUUAAUAGUUAUUUGACAAUG